AUACUUAGCCAACCGUGCUAAUCGGAAGUGCAGGGGAAGGACAACUAAACGCAAAAAUAAGUUUUAGCUAACAGUGCGUGACUGUAACGCCACGUCUAUACAGGUGAGCCCAGCCGCCGUGUGGAACAUUCCAGGGCGUGUCUCGAGGUUUUUAUAACUUAACUGCAAGUGAAGUCAAGUUCAUUUCCUUGCUCGUCUCUCUUUUUGUGUGAGCUGCUCACACGGCGUCUCCUGAACAGAACAAACCUCGUCAAUGGUAAUCAACAUCUCACGAUAUUAUAAACAUAAAGUAUUUUUGUUGAAAUAUAUUCUCUGAGCCAUAGUGAGGAACUAUUUUGGGUGUAUCCUCGGGUCAUGGCGAGCGCAGCUCCCACUGAGAACGUGGACCGCGAGUUGACCUGCUCCAUCUGCCUGGACACGUUUGACUGCCCCUCCACACUCAGCUGCGGCCACUCGUUCUGCCUCCAGUGCCUGGAGGAUGCCUGGAAGGAGACAGACUUCUACUGCUGCCCGCAGUGCCGCAAGACCUUCCCUCUACGACCCCAACUGACCAGGAACGUGACGAUCGCCAACCUCAUAGAUCAGCUGCGAGUGACUGAGACCAUGGUUGCUGCUGCUGCUGGCGGUGUUGUUUUCUGUGACAACUGCCCAAAAGGCAAGACGCCUGCAGUGAAGACCUGCCUCAAGUGCGACACGUCCUUCUGCAGGAUGCACCUCGCGCCUCACCUGGAAAAGACGAAGUUUAACGAUCACGUCCUGGUUUCACCAGAUGUGAACCCUGAAGAACGCAAGUGCAAGAGGCACAAACAGGAGCUCAUAUUCUACUGCAAGCAAGACCUCAGCCUAGUGUGCACAGUCUGCGCCUUUACUGGAGAACAUAAAGGGCAUUAUGUUGACACGCUGGAGAACGAGCAUAAGACACGGAAGGGUAGAGUCGGUGAGGAGAUGCGAGCAGUGGAGGAUGACAGGAAAAAGGCGGUGGCGUCCGUGGGACGGAUGAAGGCCACUCGCAAGGCCGUGCAGGUACCGCGCGUGGCCUCUGUGGUCUUUGAAACAUUCCCAGGAGAGUUCCAGGGGAAGACUACCAAGGAGCAUCCAUACCAGGAAUCGGUGGCCGGGAUCAGGGGUCGCAUCACGGGCAAGUUUGCCCACCUAAAGAAGGCUCUGGACGAGGACGAGAAGGAGGCUCUACGUCACGUGGCCAUGAAGGAGCGCGAGCUCCUGUCCCGGAUAGACGAGGGCAUCGCUCGUCACAAGCGGGAGAUCAGCGAGCUCCAGGUGGUGGCCGCUCGCCUGCACGCCCUGCAGCACGAGAGGGACUCGCUCGCCUUCCUGCAGGGGCACCUGGAGGAGACGCGCAGACACGUGCUGUGUAUGCUAUGGUUGCUGAGUGUUCCAAUGCUGUGGUUAAACGAGGCUGUGUGUGAUGUUGUUGGUGGUUGUCCCAGGAGAAAGUUCCCAAAGGAAUCUGCACCCCCACCUGCCACUUCACUGGACGCCACCACGAUCCGCUCCCUUGAAAGGGUCGUGAACAGAUUCCUGCCUCUCGUCUAUGGACGCUCACCGACUCUGGACACAAACUCAGCCCACGACCUCCUCCAGAUUUCCUCGGACCUCAGGACGGCGACGCGGAGCGAUGUCCCCCAGGGUCGCCCCCAUCACCCACACCGCUUUGAGUGCCAUCCGCAAGCCCUGUGCUCUGAGAGCUUCUCAUCGGGUCAGCACUACUGGGAGGUGGACGUGGGGUGCGCGAGGCGGUGUCGGGUUAGCGUCGUGUACGGGUCGAUCCCACGGAGAGGGCGUGGUGCUGAGUGCGCCCUGGGACUGAAUGACGUCUCCUGGUGUCUACAGAAAGUUGACGACAGCUUCUCAGUGCUGCAUGGCGGGGUAGUGACGUCACUGUCGGUGCCGCAGCUUCCGCGGAGAGUCGGGGUCCACCUGGACUGGGACGCGGGGCUGCUGUCGUUUUACAGUGCCGACUCCAUGGCGCCGUUGUACUCGUUUCACCAAACAUUCAUUCAGCCCCUACACCCUGGGCUGGGGGUGUGGAAUGUUGGUGACUCAGUGAGGAUUGUGGAUCUGAGUGGUGCGUCCUGAGAGAGGUGAACGUGAACAGUGCAGAGGGCAGACGCCACGACGCACGGCACUCGCCACCCUCGUCACCGUCACGCGCAGCGCCACGCCCGUGACUGGCUGGUGGCUGUCGGUGUCUAGGGGCUGCGUGGCUCUCCAUCACAACGGUGGGGGGUUGAGCGUAAACAAUCCUCACAACCUUCAUAGGGGGGAGGGGUGAUAAAAUAAGUACCGCUCUGUGUGUGUGAAGGCAGCGUGGAUGUAUUCACCCUGCCAGAGGAGUGUGACUGUAGUGUAGGGUGCAGUGAUUAGCAAUGGUGAACUGGGAUGUAUUUAUACACUGGUGGUGUCAUGGGUUGUAGGAGAGAUACAACAACAAUAAUAUUAUAUUAUUUGGUUAUUUCGGUAAAGUCACCAAAAUAAAAUAGAAAAAUUUAAAUUUAAAACCAAAAACUCACGACGUUUCGAUCGCAACAUAAGCUUUCGUCAUCAGGUGGAGAUAAAUUUUAAUUAGAUUGUCAUUAUCUGUUAGGGUCGCCGGUCCCCGGGAUCUCUCCUGCCUGCGACCCUGUCCGCGAAGUACCGACGCUCCCAGACUCUCCACUAGUGUGGGAGCUGCCGCCGCCGCACUCCUCCCCGGGCGGGGAAAGGUCGUCGCGCUCCUGUUCCCCCCCCCCUGUGCUGUUCCCCCCCGAGUCCGGGUUUCCGGCCGGUGAGGCAUCACACUCGACCGCCCUGGGGCCCGCUAGCGCUUCGCCGGCACCCAAACGCGAUGCUCCCCGCCCGCGCAGUCCCACGCACCAAUCACACGCGGG